ACCGCAGAUGGUUGAAUCACAAGCAUCGUGAAUCGGUGACCUUAUAUUCUCAGGGCUCAACUCGAGGAUGGAACGUUUCGCUAUGGCCUCAAUCUUACUCCUCGCGCUAAUUACGAUUCUGCAAGUAUAUGCGCAAAUACAGUAUCCACCAAAAAUAACGAAGCAACCGCCAACAGAUGAGCAGUUCUUUCAAACCGCUGAACCAAUGGUAAAAGGCAGAGAGUUUAUCCUAGAAUGUGAGGCUGAAGGCAACCCUGCACCCACGUAUCAUUGGAAGAAGAACGGAAAACAUUUUGAGUGGCAAAAGUACCCGAUUCAUAUCUCGCAGCGGCAUGGUAAAGGAACAUUGGUGAUAUCGAGACCGCGAGACGAAGACGUAGGUCAGUAUCAAUGCAUAGCGGAAAACGCGUUGGGAACAGCGAUAUCGAAUUCGGUAUUCGUGCGGAAAGCGGAACUCAACUAUCCGAAGGACGUCCAAUCGGUCAUAGUGACUGCAAACGAGGGAGACCCAUUCAAACUGACUUGCCAGUCUCCGACAGGAACACCCAAGCCGCUGAUAUACUGGCUGAAACAGUAUCAAAACGGAAGCAUAGCCUUGAUCAAUGACUCCAGAAGGACUCCAGAUCCUGACGGAAAUCUUUGGUUCACUAACGUGACUACAAACGACGCUUCAGACAAAGUUUCUUACGUUUGUGCAGUCAGUUCGGAGUUCUGGACCGAGUACAAGUUGGCUCCGCUAGUCUCACUGAAUGUUCAGCGGACCAGGUUGCCAGCAAACAAUAACACACGGGAGCCGGUCCAGCAGUAUGUUACCAGAAAGAACGAGGUUGCUUUACGAGGCAGAACGGUCAAAUUGUACUGCAUUUUUGGUGGGACGCCUGUACCGCAGAUAAUAUGGAAGAAAAACGGUGAAAUAUUGGAAACCAGCGAACGUAUGACGCUGAGAAGUCACGGAAAAUCGUUGUUGAUAAGGCAUAUUGUAUUUGAGGAUGAGGGAACGUACACUUGCGACGUAUCGAACGGAGUUGGUGAUCCAAAGUCGUACUCGAUCAACCUCCAAAUCCAAUCUCUUCCUUACUUCACUGUUGAACCAGAAAUCAUUACUGCAAGGGAUAACGAAAGCGUGGAGUUUAGAUGUGAGGCUGGUGGUGUUCCUCGACCAAAAAUCAGGUGGAUCCAUAACGGGAAGCCUCUUCAGGAGUCGACGUAUAAUCCGAGGAGGAAAGUAUCUGCGAAUUCGAUUGUCAUUGAGAACUUGGUCAGGAAUGACACUGGGAACUAUGGAUGUAACGCUACGAACUCUCUGGGGUAUGUUUACAAGGACGUUUCUGUUAACGUCUUGGCUUCAGAACCAGAAAUUACACACCCGCCAAGCAAUCAGACGACCGUCGUUGGGAAAACCGUCAGGUUUACCUGCCGCUAUUUGGGUGGUUACAAACCUCGACUCGAAUGGCGCAUAGGGAGUUGGCCAUUACGUGGACACAAAUACAGAACCCUUGAAUCCGGGGACCUCGUAAUUAGCUAUGUCAACCGUCGCGAUGCCGAUCCCUACACGUGUCAUGUAUUCAACAGAUUUAGCCAUGUUGUAGCCUCUGCUAACCUCGUUGUGAAAAAUCACACUACCAUCAUUGAAAAACCUAAAAACUACGAAAGCGCUGUUGGUUCUACAGCAAAGUUCAGGUGUAUCGCUGUGUCAGAUUCAAGUUUGAAAGUGUCAAUUGACUGGCUGAGGAAUGGAAAGCAGAUAGAUUUUGAUACGGAGUCAAGGGUCAUCAAGAGCAUCGAUAAUUCCUUGACUGUUACAGAGAUUAGGGAAUCAGAUUUAGGAACAUACACUUGCGUGGCUAGCACAGAGUUAGACGAAACAAAGGCUGGAGCUACAUUGAUGUUUCAAAAUGUGUCAAAGCCUCCUCGCCUGGAAGUGGUAAAUUGCAGAAGAAACGAAGCCGAUAUCCAUUGGGUCCCUGCAAUGGGUAACAACGGAGUUGCCGAUAUCUUGGGAUACACCAUACAAUUUAAAACUAGCUUCACUCCUGAAAGGUGGCAAAUUGCGCGGGAGAAUGUUUCAGCCACAGCACAAAUCUACACCGUGCCUCUAUCGCCCUGGGCCAAUUACACGUUUCAGGUUGUUGCGUGGAACGAGAUCGGAAAGUCGUUACCGUCGUUACCCAGCAAGGCUUGCACAACUCCGCCAGACGUGCCUUACAAAAAUCCAGACGAUGUCAGAGGCACGGUAACCAAGGAACAGAAACUUGUGAUUCGAUGGACCAUAAUGCCCGAGAUAGAGCAUAAUGGGCCAGGAUUCAAGUACCGGGUGUACUUUAAGCUAGACACACCCGGCAUGAAUUGGACAAGACUGGCUGUACACAUCUGGACAAUAGAAGAGAUUCGAAUAACGGUUCAGCCAGCCGACCAGCGAUAUAAGGUCAAAGUUGCUGCCAUGAAUUACCUGGGAGAGUCCAGAGCAACGCCUACUGAAGUCGUAGUCGACUCUGCAGGUGACAACGGUAACUAAUUAUUGGUUUACGCUGCGAUUCGCGCAAAUGUGAUCGACCUUAAGUGAUUACAGGGAUCGUACGCCUUUUGUAAUCUGAUAUUCUCCGAGUUUUCGAGGUAUUCCAGCCUGAAAAUAAAACUUUUCUAGUAAACUUUCACAAAAUA